CAUCGAAAUGGUACUGGGCCAAUUUUGUGAUGUAACACGUGACAUUUCGGAUGGGCUGGGUUAACACCAAAUGAAUUGAGAAAAAUGGCCGAGAAGAAUAAAGAUAAGAGUGAGGAGACCUUUGAAGUCAUGGACGUAGUAGAGUAUGCCAAGAAACAGAGAUGGUGGAACAAAAUAUUUGGCGAAAACUCUGGGCCCGUAGCAGAGAAGUAUAAUGUUGCCACCCAGCUUGCCAUUGGUGGAGUGUCUGGCUGGUGUGCAGGGUAUUUGUUCCAGAAAGUUGGGAAGCUGGCCGCUUCGGCAGUGGGUGGAGGCUUCUUUUUUCUUCAGAUUGCCAAUCACACAGGAUACAUCAAAGUGGACUGGAAGAGGGUGGAGCGUGAUGUAAACAAUGCCAAGAAGCAGCUGAAGUUGAAUGCAGAAAAGCCCACUAAGGAAGUCAGGACAAAAGUAGAUGAGGUGCAGACAUUUGUGAAGAAGAAUAUUAUCCUCACAGGGGGUUUUGCUGGGGGAUUUCUGCUGGGCUUGGCCUCUUAAGAGCCUCUCAUUUUGGUCUUUACCUAAUAUUUUUGUCUCAUACAAGGCUGAAAACAGCUUAAACCUAAGCAGCUAUCUAGAUAUGUAAGUAGACUACAUUGAUAUCAUAUGUCAAGCUAAUUCAUAGGCUUGGUGGGUUUUUGGGCUUUUGGGCAUGUGUCAAUUUGAAAACAGCCUUUUAGAUACUAUGUCUGUGGUUAAAGUUUAUGCAUGGUCUGUGCACAUAUGGCAGGAGCAUUGGCUUUAAUUUUUCUAUGGGUUGUUUUGGUAUGGUACUUAUUUGAGAGAUUGUUCAGAUCCACUUCAAUCGUUUUAUCUGUAUGCAUUCAGAUGGAACUCAGGGUUCUCCCCAGGAUGUUUUAAAACGAGGUGUUUCUGCUGAGUAUGGCUGGGGGGUGGCCCGGAGUGGUGUAGUGCCCCCCUUUGGACGCAGUUUUUUUUUUUACACCAGUAACUGCCAUUUCCUGCAAUCUAGAGAGAAAAAAUGGCCUAUGAUACAUAAAGUGGCGCAGCGCCUCUUACACUCUUUGGGGAGAACCCUGGAACUGGAGCAAAGCCCUUUAACGUGUUUUCCCUAAUGUGGGAUUUGUUUUGUAAUAUCCUUCAUUUUCUAAGUUAAGUUCAACAAGGUUGUUAUGUGUUUAAAUGUUACUUCAAACCAAAGGGUUUGAGUUAAAAGCAUGUACAUGUAUGAGUAAAUACUGUAUGACAGGACUAGGAGGCCACAGUAACUCAAGUUUGAAUGGUAUUUGAAGUUAUAUUCUUACCUGAAAAUCAGUGACAUUUCAAAGUAUAACUCAAAGAAAAUCAUGUGUGCAUAUUAACCGUCCCCAAUAGUAUUGACUUAUUUACCAGCACAGGAGGUUGCGUGUGAAGUAUUUAUUUGAGAUCAAGGACUGAGAAGGCAAGACUGGACUUAUGAUUUGGCUUUCUAAUUCCCUGCUUAAGAGUGAGGCGUGUCAUAUUUGUGUGUAAGUACAGGUUGUGUGCAUUAUCAAAAGCUAGGGUGUAUUCAUUAUUUGGAUUCUGUUGUAAAAUGUAGUGCAACGGAACCUGUACUCCAAACGGAAAAUGUUUUGCAAUGAAAACAAGUUUUUUUUUUUUUUUUUCAUUGGUAAAAUUCAGGUAGUGUCUGUUUGCUUCCUCGUGUAAAUGUUUUUUGUUGCAAGAAACCAAACAUUUUACAACAAUCAAACAGCAUACAAGGCUCGUGUUUCACAAACGACUAUGGACAAUUAUGAAUGUAAUACAUGGAUGAUAUCAAUAGCCCUUUGUAUGGAACAUAUGGGAUGACAAAUACACUGAUAGAAAU